GAAAGGAACCGGCCCGUCCUUGCUAAACUAAGCAGCUAACUGUUCCUUUGUCGACAACACGGAGGACCUGUGGAGGAAGCCGCCGCGUCUGUCAGGUCAGGUCAUAAUCCAAGAUGUGCGCCGCGUCUUACGACCAGCUCCUGAGACAAGUGGAAGUUUUGAAGAUGGAAAAUUCCAACCUGAGGCAGGAACUUCAGGACAACUCCAACCACUUGACCAAACUAGAGACAGAGGCUUCUAAUAUGAAGGAAGUGCUGAAGCAGCUCCAGGGCACCAUAGAAGAAGAGUCAAGUGAGCCUACCUCCCAGCUGGAGUUAAUAGAACGAUUGAAAGAAAUGAGUCUUGACCCAGCUAGCUUCAGUGUUGCUAAGCUACGAGCUAAACCUCCAUCGUUGUCACCAGGCCAGGGUCCGCUUGCUGCUGCCUACCCCAGAAGAGGGCACGCCGCUGGGGGCCGUGAACCCCAUGGCUACCUGGAGGAGUUGGAAAAGGAAAGGUCUUUGCUAUUGGCUGAGUUGGAGAAGGAGGAGAAGGAGAAGGACUGGUACUACGCCCAACUUCAGAACUUAACCAAGAGGAUAGACAGUUUACCACUAACUGAAAAUUUUUCUCUACAGACUGAUAUGAGUCGUCGUCAGCUGGAAUUUGAAGCGCGUCAGAUAAGAGGAGCCAUGGAGGAGCAGCUUGGCUCCUGCAAGGAGAUGGAGAGGAGAGCACUGGCCAGAGUGUCUCGUAUUCAGCAGAUAGAGAAGGACAUUCUGAAAGCAGGACAACGACUUCAUGCACACUCACACCCUGAGGACAAGGAGGUUGAGGAAGCACAGGCGCCCGAUGUUAUCGGGCUAGCUAGUGCACAGGCUUCCAGCAGCCGUCUGGACCACGAGCCAGCCAAUGAGAUGGCUUCUGGGGCAGGUUACUCCGUUCCCCGACGUCUCACCAGUCAUCUGGGGACAAAGGUGGAGAUGGUGUACAGCCUGCUGUCCAUGCUUGGCACACACGAUAAGGAUGACAUGUCGCGCACCUUGUUAGCAAUGUCCAGUUCCCAGGAUUCUUGCAUUGCUAUGAGACAGUCCGGCUGCCUGCCCCUUCUCAUACAGCUUCUCCAUGGCAACGACAAGGACUCAGUGUUGCUAGGGAACUCCAGGGGGAGUAAAGAGGCCCGGGCACGUGCCUCUGCAGCGCUUCACAACAUUGUCCACAGCCAACCGGACGACAAGAGAGGGAGGCGUGAGAUCAGGGUGCUGCAUCUCUUAGAACAAGUGCGGGUUUACUGUGAGACCUGCUGGGCCUGGCAGGAGAACCACGAGAGAGGGGUGGACCAGGACCAAAACCCCAUGCCGUCUCCAGUGGAGCACCAGAUCUGCCCGGCGGUUUGUGUCCUGAUGAAACUGUCCUUUGACGAGGAGCAUCGACAUGCCAUGAAUGAGCUGGGUGGUCUGCAGGCGAUAGGGGAGCUCCUGCAGGUGGACUGUGAGAUCUACGGUCUGACCAGUGACCAUUAUAACAUCACCUUGCGACGCUAUGCUGGUAUGGCCCUGACCAACCUCACCUUUGGAGACGUGGCCAACAAGGCCACACUGUGUUCAAUGAAAGGCUGCAUGCGAGCGAUGGUCGCCCAGCUCAAGUCAGAGAGCGAGGACUUACAGCAAGUGAUUGCCAGUGUGUUAAGGAAUCUUUCUUGGCGUGCUGACGUCAACAGUAAGAAGACUCUCCGUGAAGUGGGCAGCGUUGGGGCGCUAAUGGGCUGCGCUCUUGAGGUGCAGAAGGAAUCAACACUGAAGUCAGUUCUCAGUGCCCUCUGGAACCUGUCUGCUCACUGUACCGAGAACAAGGCGGACAUCUGUGCGGUGAGCGGAGCACUGGCCUUCCUGGUUGGCACGCUGACACACCGGAGUCAAACCAACACCCUUGCCAUCAUUGAGAGUGGAGGAGGCAUCUUGCGCAAUGUCUCCAGCCUCAUUGCCACCAAUGAAGCCCACAGGCAAAUCCUGCGAGAGAACGGCUGCCUGCCAACUCUCCUCCAGCACCUCAAGUCACACAGUCUUACCAUCGUGUCCAACGCUUGUGGCACCUUGUGGAACCUGUCAGCGCGUGACGCCCGAGACCAGGAGGCAUUGUGGGACAUGGGCGCUGUGGGAAUGCUUCGAAACCUCAUCCACUCUCGACAUAAGAUGAUUGCCAUGGGGAGUGCGGCAGCACUUCGAAACCUGAUGGCCAAUCGGCCAGCCAAGUACAAGGACGCCAGCCUAGUGUCACCGGGCUCAAGCCUCCCAGCACUUCAUGCCCGCAAGCAGAAAGCACUGAUCGAGGAGCUUGAUGCCCAGCACCUGUCGGAGACCUUCGACAACAUCGACAACCUGAGCCCCAAGGCGUCGCAUCGCCAAGGAGGUGCGGGAGGAGGUGGAGGUGGUAAGGGGCAGCGGCAUAAGGUUUACGGGGAGUAUGAGGGUUAUGGGAGUAAUGGCGGAGGAGGUGGGACGUCUAUGGGGCGACCACUGUAUGCCAACACGCCGGUGCUCUCUAGCCCUUCUUCUCGCUCGGGAGGAGGUACAGGAGGCGGUGAAAGGGAACGUGAGCGGCGCUCGAACAAUGGUGAAAGACUUGACGACCGUAGCCCUCCGGUCUACUACACCAAAGUCCCCCCAACCCCUGUGGUGACCACUACCUCCACCUCCACCCGUUCCUACCCACCUCCUCCCCGGCCAGAGUACCGUGCCUCCAGCGAUAGUCUGAACAGCGUGGGGAGUGCAGACGGAUAUGGACGGCGUGGUCAAACCAAACCCUCCGCGUCCCUGUCCUCUGCAUCCUUGGCAACUGACAGCUACCAGUCAGAGGAUGAUGGUAACAAUGGCGGUGUCACCACGGACACAGCCCCAGCCAGGUGCUGCAUCUACCGACGUUACCCGGCUGACCUCGCUCAUAAGAUCCGCAGUGCCAAUCACAUGGCAGAUGAUCAGCAGGCAGAUUUGGACACACCCAUAAAUUAUAGUCUCAAGUAUUCAGAUGAACAGCUCAACUCUGGGAGGCAGAGCCCCCGCCAGGAUGAAGAGCACGAGGAGGAGGUCAUGGUCGUGGAGGAGGUACACAAAGAGGAGAAGGCACUUGGGAAGAUGGAGGAGAAGGAGUCAUCUCAGCCUCUGAGGAGGUCAACAGUGAGGGGAGCCCGAGGCAGCCCUGGGUACCCACUGCUCGCUGAUGAUGACAGUUACCAUGACGACAAGCCAACCAAUUACGGUGAGCGCUACUCAGAGGGGGAACACCCUGAUGAUCAGCCUAUAGACUACAGCCUGAAGCUAGGAGGAGGAGGAACACGAAAGCCUCUUUAUAGCGGGCGACUCCCCAAAUCCAAGGAGCUCCGAACCACUUCAUCUGCUUCAUCGUCUUCCUGCUCCUUGUCCAAUGGAGCAGGGAGGCCCCAGCUGCACUCUUCCCUGUCCCUAGGGCGAGGAGGGGGAGGAGUGAGCCAGGCACCACCUCCAGGGCAGAAGACCCUAAACCAAGAAACACUGCAGACAUACUGUGUGGAGGACACACCCAUCUGCUUCUCACGGGGAAGCUCCCUGUCCUCCCUCUCCUCUGAGGAUGAUGAAGAAGAGGUGGUGGCAAGGAGCCGGAAGAGGAGCUCUGACCCAUCCAGAAGAGGAGGAGGUCGUAGCAAUGACUACCCAACUCUCCCCAUUGCUGAAAAGGAGCCCACCUCCUCUUCCAACUCUGCAACCAUGACAACAACAGCUGCUCCUCCGCCCCCCACCUCCUCCUCAUCUGCCCGGUCCCGACGGGGCCAUGCGAUCCAUCGUGACUAUACCCGCACUCCAAAGAGUCCCCCACAGGAGACACAUUAUGUGCAGGAGACACCACUGAUGUUCAGCCGCUGCACCUCUGUCAGUUCCCUUGACUCUUUCGGGAGCCCCUCCAUUGCCUCCUCAGUGCAGAGUGAGCCAUGCAGUGGUGUCCCCAGCGGUGUGGUGAGCCCCAGUGACCUUCCUGACAGCCCAGGGCAGACCAUGCCUCCUAGCAGGGCCAAGACCCCACCUCCUGUGCCGUCUGGUCCACCUCCUUCUCAACCUUCUACUCAACAACAAACUCCCUCGGCACCCCAGUCCAUGCCUCCACCUACGCUGGUUGCUCCUGCUGCUCAAGCUCCAAGGCGCAGGCUUGAGGAGGCCCAGGGCCGGCGGAAAGAAGAGGAAGUGGAUAAUGUGGAUGGGCUCCUGCAUUUUGCCACAGAGAGCACUCCCCAUGGCUUCUCUCGAGCUUCUAGCCUUAGCGCGCUCAGUCUGGAUGAACCUUACAUCCCUCGCGAGGAAGACCAACAGGAGGAGCUCCUAAAGAGAAAGAGCAAGGAGAUGCCCAAUACUACAGCCAUCACAUCAGCAACGCCUCCUCCUCCUCCUAGAGGUGAGGAGGAUAGAAUGACUGGCUUCAGCGAGAGGAGACCCUCUGUUGCUCCUCCUGUCGCAACAACUACUAGUGGUCCUCCUCCACAGAGAGAGGAGGCGGAGAGGGAGCUGCUCCUCCUUGAUGCUUCAGAUGAUGAUGAUGACAUUGAGAUUUUAGAGGCAUGCAUCAACUCAGCCAUGCCCACUCGGUCAUCACGGAAACCCAAAAAACCUGCACCUCCUCCCACUCCUGGUCCUGCCCCUGCAGUUCCUCCUCCUGUUGUGGCAGCCUCCUCUUCUUCAUCUGCCUGCAACUCCUCAUCUGCUGCAUCGUUGGGCCGCAAGCCCAGCCAGCUUCCUGUUUACAAACUCCUUCCCACACCAAGAAAGCAACGCAGCACUACCUCCUCAUCCUCUUCCCCACCACCACCGCCCAGGGGAGAGGAGGUGCCCCGGGUGUACUGUGUAGAGGACACCCCCCUUAACUUUUCUACAGCAACUUCUCUGAGUGACCUAACUAUUGACUCACCUCCUAAUGAACUGGCUACGACGGUAGUGCCUCCUCUUCUUCAGCCCCCUGCUGCUGCUGCUCCAGCAGUCCUCCAGGCGACCUCCACUCCUUCAACCACUUCUACAUCCAGGCGGAGUCAUCGGAGGGAAGCUCGGCCAGAAGGGGAAAGCAAGGAGGAGCCACCUCAACACCCAGAUGCCACACCCCCUCUUUUCUGCCCCACCCCUGGAGAGGGGGAGCAGCAGGAGGCUCCCACUGUAGAUGAAGAAGAGGAGGAGCGGGAAGGGGAAGACAUAUUAGCGGAGUGUAUCAGCUCUGCCAUGCCAAAGGGAAGACCUCGCAAGCCCUUCCGGACACCAAGGGUGGGGGGCACCUCCUCAUCUGCCUCUGCCUCUGAUCUACAACCACCUCCCCAACACCAUCGGUUGCUCCACGGAGCCACCACCUCCCCAGCUGUUGGCCUGGUGCAGCGAGAGGCGGAGAAGAGGCGAAAACCCACGUCUCCGGUCAAGCCCAUGCCUCAGAGAACCUCUUACACUGCUACUCCUGCAGCUGCACCUCCUCUCUCUACUGCAAACUUCCCAGAAAAGUUGAAGGAGGUGAAGAUGAAAGAGGCCAAACCAGGCUUCUCAUUUGACUCCCCAUGCCACUACACCCCCAUAGAGGGAACUCCUUACUGCUUCUCCCGCAAUGACUCCCUAAGCUCAUUGGACUUCGAUGAAGAGGAGGACCACCAGGAGAUAACAACAAGUGCAGAGCUGACAACCACCAAAGAGAAAGUAGAGCAAAGGAGGCACGAUUUAGUGCAAGCUCCCACUAAACUGGUGACCCAGCAGUUAUCAUCUUCCUCAACAACAGCAGCAGCAGUGCUCCUACCAAGGCAGAAGGAGACACAGUUAGGUCCGGAUGAGAGGCAGGAGUUUGCAAUUGAGGACACUCCUGUCUGCUUCUCCCGAAACUCCUCCUUGAGCUCCCUCAGUGACAUCGACCAUGAGAAUAACAAUAAGGAGGCACCUGCGCCGCCCUCCCAUUCUCAACAUAGUCAGUCUUCACCUCCUUCUAAUGCCGUCACUGCUGCACCUCCUCCCGUGUCCUCUUCCCCCGCUGCACCUGCUCCUCCACCGCCAGGAGAGUCAGUCACUAGGAAUACCUGCACCUCCUCCUGCCUGUCUGCUGCUGCGACAACCACAACAGCAUCCACCACUGUUACCUCCUCCUCAGUUGGGUACCCCCCCAAAGCCUUCCAUGUGGAGGACACACCUGUCUGCUUCUCCAGGAACUCCUCCCUCAGCUCCCUGAGCAUCGACUCCGAGGAUGACCUCCUUCAAGAGUGCAUCAGCUCGGCUAUGCCCAAGAAGAAGAAGCAAGCUCCCAGAGGAAGUAGCAAAGGAGGCCCUGGGCAUGACCAUGUACCCCCUGCACCUUCUGCUCCUGCUGUUGCCCCUCCCCCUCACCAUAAUGACAACGAGGAGGGUGGAAUCUUGGCUGAGGAGGCAGAGCUUGUCUUAGACCCUGAUGAUGCUCGGAGCCUCGCCUCCUCCUCACGCGCCUCCUCACGGGCCCCUUCCCCAGACUCGGAGUCAUUUGAUUGGAAAGCGAUUCAGGAAGGAGCCAACUCCAUUGUUUCCAGUCUACAUCAGGCUGCUGCCGCUGCGGCAGCUGCAGGAGGUGGAGGAGGCACAAGCCUGUCCCGACAGGGCUCCUCUGACUCAGACUCAGUGCUCUCUCUCAAGUCUGGGCUCUCUCUUGGCUCCCCUUUUCAUCUCCCUGCCUUUCCUACAGUGGCAAUGGCUGCAUCCUCCUCCUCUGUCAAUGCGGAGGAAGAACAGGAAGAGCAAGAGGAGGAGAGCCAUUUCCCCUCUGCACCAAAGCCAGGCCCUCGAAUCCUGAAGCCUGGCGAGAGGAGCACCUUGGAGGUACGGAAGAAGGAUGAAGAGGUACAAGAGGAGUCUAAGGCACUAAGGGGUGGGAAGAAGGUUUACAGGAGUCUAAUCUCGGGGAAACCCCGGCCCAGUGCGGAGGUGCAGGGGAGAUCAUCUGCUUCCUCAAACUCUUCCUCAUCAUCCCCUAGGGGCCGGGCGCAAGCCUCCUCAAAGCCCCUGACACAGGGAGGAGGUGUCUCCAUCAGCUCCUCAAGACCAAGUAAACUCCAGGGAGUCAAGUCGGAUCCUGGACCCGCUAGAGAGUCAUCCAGCUCACAGGGAGGUGGAGGCUCCAGCAAAGCCUCCUCCCGAUCUGGAUCCAGGGACUCAACCCCAUCUAGAGCAACACCACAGAACCUGUCUCGACCCCCAAGCUCCUCCUCCACCUCCUCUUCUGCAGCCAAAUUCUCCCAGUUACCACGUACAUCCUCACCUGGUGGCAGUACCUCCUCUGCCAAGACCUCUGCAUCAGGGAGGGCGUCAUACCCAUCUCCUGGCCGCCAGGCCACACCCACGAGACCAAGCGGGCUCCCCAGAAGCUCCAUCCCGAGGAGCGAGUCAGCAUCUCGGAGCUUGAACCAGAAUAUCCCACCUCAGCCUUCUUCCUCUUCCACAACUCCAACCACAUCUUUGUCUUCGACCUCCAGGAAAGCUGAGUUGUCAAGGACAACACCAACAGCAGCAGUGGUAGAAAAGCCGGAUAAACCCAGUGGUGCCAGCAGUGGCCUUGUACGUCAGUCCACUUUCAUCAAGGAAGCUCCAAGCCCGACGCUGAAGAGGAAACUUGAGGAGUCUGCUUCCUUUGAGUCCCUCUCUCCCUCCUCCCCAAGCCGGACUCCAGCAUCCAGCCCCUCUCUCCCUGACAAUUCACUGUCGCUCCCCUUCCGGCCAGCACCAACGACAUCCACCCCUUCUGCUAGUUGGACCAGAACCAAGUCACCACAACGCCGGGCAGCACCUCCAUCCGAAAACUCAGAUGCACUAGGAGCAGCUAAAGGGCUUAGAAGGCAUGAGGCUAACCGCUCACACUCAGAGAGCCCCGCCCGCCAGGCAGAGGCACGCCUAAACCGCACAGGCACCUGGAAGCGUGAGAGUGCUAGCAAGCACUCAUCAUCCCUCCCUCGAGUUGGGACCUGGAAGCGGACGGGGAGCUCCUCCUCGGUCCUUUCAGCUUCUUCAGAGUCCAGUGAGCGUGGACGGAGUGAAGAUGAACUACUGCAGGAGCGAGGGGGGUUGUCCUCCUCUUCUAAGGUUAAUUGGUGCAAAGCAAAAGAGGCAGAUGGUGACAGCGAGGAGACCAUGUGCAAAGCAGAGGACAUUUGGGUACGGAUUGAGGACUGUCCCGUCAACAACCCACGUUCCUCUGGCCGUUCCCCAACUGCCAGUGCUCCUCCCAUCAUUGAAGGCAUCUCGAACACCUCCUCCUCCUUUACAAGUUCUGCUCCCCUGUCAGAGCGUCCCCGUCCUGCUCCCUUCACCUCAGAGACCAACCUCAACCUUCGCAGGAGCUGUGAGAGCCUGGUGGAGCGACCCCCUGACGUUAAGGCAGCACGAAGCGUGCCCUGUGUAGCCCAAGAGCCUCCCUCAUUGGACUCACACCCUCAGAACCAACCCAAACAGCAACAACAACGCAGCCCAUUCAGCUCAGCAGCCUCCGGGAAGCUUGGCGCUUCGGGCGGAGCCCUAGCCGCCAGGGUCAGUCCAUUCAACUACACCCCGAGCCCCCGCAAGAGCAAUGCCGACCUCCCAGGAGCAAGCACCUCAGCAACAACCCCACCACGACCAUCCCUCAUCCCCACUCCUGUGGCUAACACCUCCUCCUCAUCAUCCUCCUCGUCAGGUAAGAAACGAGAUCCUAAGGGCGAAGGUUCUGGUGAGAGGGGUUCCUACAUCGUCACUUCUGUUUGAGUGUCCAACGGAAAGCUAGAGGUUGGGUUCCAAUUUCCUGCCCCUCCUCCUCCUUGUUCAUACAUACUUUCACCACCUCAGAAAGUCUAGAAGGAUGUAAGAUGUUGGACCUGCAUGCAAACACAUUUGCAAUGAGGAACAGCUUUGGAAUCAAGAAUUCCGGGAAAAUAAUUGGAUGUCAGAUGGUGAGGUGGCAGCUCCAAGCUUCCAUAUCCCAGAAGGUCAGAUUAUUUUCUUCACUUAAAUGUAAACACAGUUAUGUUCAAGGAGAGAGAAGACCAUGAGAAUGAGAACUUUGUGACGAGACUGAUGGAUUUCUUGAGAGGAGUUGUGAUAAAACGACGGGGAUUGAGAGAUGGACAAAUGUUUGUGAAUUAAUUAGUUCUGUACAGAUGCGAUGUUAUGUAUUUAAUUAAUUAACCUUGUUAACUUCCUUGUCCCACCCCCUUCACUGAAUAUUCAUUUCUGCUGGCAAACAAGAGUUUAUGCCACUCCCAUCUUUAAAAAGAGAAACAUUUAAUUCAUGGAAUUUUCUCACAACUAACACUAACCCACGCAAGACCGAAGAAAGUAAACUGGAACUCUUUGAAAAGAUGGCGGUGCCUGCCAUCCUCGCUUCCUCCCUAACGAUCCUCCUUCCUUCUUUCCUGCUUUUCCUGCAUGUUCCUUAAUGAUGACCGUUACCAUGGUGACAUGGUGACGACGCUGGUGAAGAUGACGGUCUUGUCUCAUUAGCUAUAAAGUAUAUUCUCACACUGAUUUUUUUAAUUUCAUUUGUAUAUUUUUUUCGGAAUAUUUCAAGUCACGUUGAAGCCCAGAAAUAUUUGGUUCCAAAAACGAACGAGCCGAAUUUCAGUGAUUUUUAAAAUGAAUUGGUUCCGUGUAAAUGUGGUUAAAAUAUUGGUGCAGUUCACUUUUCUAACACUAAGUGUGAUGGUGAAGAUUGGCAGUUCCAGCAGGGGGGAAAAUGGCAGAAUUCAUCAUUUUCUAUGAAAUCUAAACACUGCUUUUGUCAGAACCAUUGCUUGUAUGAGACUAAAGUAUAUUUAAUUACAACUGCGUUACUAGUGGUAUUAGUGAUGUGUCUGAGGAGAAAUAAAUACCUAGCCGAAAACAUUCAUCCACAACGUAUUCCGGCUGAAAUUGUGGGGAUUUUUUUAUUUUUGAUCCUGACAGAAACUGAUUUUUGAGCAAAACGCUUUACUUUAUGAAUAAGAAAUUUAAAAAAUUUGAAAUAUUUAAAACUUGAUGAAAGAAAAGCAGCAACCAUCAAUUGGGCGUCCGGUUGUAUUCCAAGAUGCGGUUGAGUCUGGUAAACUGGAGAAUGUGGGUCUGUAAGAGAAUUUACACUGUUUCCGCCAGGAGAAACUGUUGUUCUUCAAAACACUGUAAGUGGCUGGUGAGUUCCAGAGGCUUCACCAGCCCGCCUGUGGACAGACUUCCAACUUUCAAGGGUCAUUACAUUAAAUUCGGAGUUUCGUUUCCUUUGUUUGUUUGUUUGUUUGUUUUUUUAAAGAAAAGCUCUUAAUUCCUUCUACCCUUGAUGUAAGCCACUGUUAACUUGAAGCACAAUCAGUUUUUGUUGUUUUGCCAAAAAAAGAAAAAUUGACACUGUAAGAAUGAAAUGAUUGUGUUUUUCCGUCACGGUGAAAAAAAUGUGUUUUGGACAUUUAAAGGUGGAAAUAUUAAUGAGCGCACAUUUUAACAAACUUGUAAACGGUGUUAGAAAAUAAAGGUGGACAUUUUUUUUUUUGGGUGC